AUGGAGGAAAAUAAAGCUGAUAUCAGAAAAAUUUCUUUAAGGAUUUUCCUAAUCGCUCUAUUGGCAGGCUAUGUGGUCUUCUUAGUAUUUGCUUGUACGAUCAACUUUGAAAGAGCCAAGACAUUGUUUAUCAUUACUAUGGUGAUUCUGGGAUUGGUUGUCUUUUCUUAUGUGUGGCCUUACGUUUCUCCAACUUUGUGGAAAUUUGUUUUAAAUCCGAUCAGUUAUUUUUAUGGUAAACACCAACGCUACUUAAAAUGGUUCGUAUACUAUAUAUUAUUAUAUAUACUUGUCUUAUUCUUGGUUCUUGAUCAGCCAAUCAUACCAUAUCGGUUUGCAUCGUUUGGUGGUUUGCUUGUUUACUUAUUGAUAUGUUGGAUAUUUUCUAAACAUCGAUCUCAAGUUAGAUGGCGUCCAGUUAUUGUUGGAUUUAUUAUUCAAUUUAUUAUGGGUCUACUGAUUUUGCGUACGACAGUUGGUUUCCAAGUUUUCCAAUUCCUUGGAAAUUUAAUUACUACCUUUUUAAAUUUUACCGACUCUGGUUCAAAAUUUGUUUUUGGCGAUUUGUAUACAAAUCAUUUCUUUGCUUUUAAGGUUUUGCCAUUGGUUAUUUUCUUUAGUGCCGUAAUUUCCUUCUUAUACUAUAUCGGUGUAAUGCAAGUUGUUAUUAAAGUUAUUUCUCGUAUGAUGCAAAUUUCUAUGAAAACAUCACCAACAGAAUCACUAAAUGCAGCUGGUAAUAUCUUUGUUGGACAGACUGAAGCUCCACUAUUGGUGCGACCAUUCCUUGCUAAAAUGACUAAAUCGGAACUUCAUGCGGUUAUGACUGGUGGUUUCGCUACCAUCGCUGGUAGUGUGUUAGGAGCAUAUAUUGGCUUAGGCGUCCCGGCAACUCAUCUUUUAACUGCUUCUUUUAUGUCUGCGCCUGCUGCUUUGGCUGUUGCAAAGUUAGUUUAUCCAGAGACAGAAAAGGACGAAGAAUAUGAUGUUGAGGAUAUUAAAUUGGAAAGAGGCACUGAAACCAACUUCUUCGAGGCUUUAUCUAAUGGUGCAUCUACUGCUGUACCACUAGUAGCAAAUAUUGCCGCUAAUUUAAUUGUUUUCACGGCUCUCUUGAAUUUCCUUGAUGGUUUGUUGGGUUAUUUUGGUAGUCUUGUCAAUUAUCCUUUAUUGAGUUUUAGGUUGAUAUGCUCAUACUUAUUUACACCGUUGGCCUUGCUACUGGGUAUUGAAUAUAAGGACGCUUUUAAUGUUGGUCUACUUCUUGCCGAAAAAACCGUAGCCAAUGAAUUCGUUGCUUAUAUUACACUAUCUAAAUGGAUAAACGCACGAAUUGCUGGCAAUCCAGUCAUUUCUGUUCGCUCUGAAGUCAUUUCUGCAUAUGCUCUAUGUGGUUUUGCUAAUUUUUCGUCAAUUGGUAUCCAAAUUGGUGGUUUAUCUCCAAUGGCGCCUGAACGGAAGGGUGACUUGGCUAGUAUUGCUUUCAGAGCUCUAUGCUCUGGUACUGUUGCUUGUUUUAUGACAGCUUGUUUAGCAGGUAAAACUAUCUGCAUUAAAGUUACUAUUAAGAUUUAG